AUGGAGCAGAAGCAGCUUGCUUCCAAGUCAGAGAGCAACCAUGGAGGAUCGGCAGUCCAGACAACGGCAGCGCCGCAGCUUCGAUCAGAGUCGCAGAGCCAGGAUCUCGUGAAGAGGUUCGCAGUCGAUGGGCUUGCCGCUUUGACGGCUGCGAUUGCAGUCUCGCCAGUGAUGGUGGUAAUCGAUAGAGCAGUCACAGAAGCAGCAGCAGGCCAAAGAUCGUUUCUUGGAUCCGCAAACGCCUGCCUCGCAGAUGCUGCGAAGCGGCCACAGACAUGGUUUGCAUCGAAACCUUUCGCUGCGAUGAUGCUCCUGUAUCUGGGCACAUACACCACCGCAAAUGCGAUCGAUACUGUUUCUGCGCACGCUGAAGGCCUUCCCGCGAGCACGACCACGAGUACCAGCACGAAGGUGGCUGCGGUGACGACGACGAACGUUGGCCUCGCUCUGUACAAGGAUGCCACCUUUGCGAGAACAUUCGGGACGACACGCUUGACCCGCGGCCUUCCAGCAGUAUCGUGUGCGCCUUUUAUCCUCCGCGAUGGCAUAACGCUUUUCGCCACCUUCAACUUGCCAGCGAUAGUUGCGCCGAUGCUUCCAGAACGUUUCGAAGGCGUGAUCAGUCGAAUGAGCGUUGCACAACUGGCGAUGCCUAUGGCCAGCCAGUACUUCUGCACGCCAUUACAUUUGCUGGGCCUUGAUCUGUAUUAUCGGCUCGGGAAGCUGGGUGUCGGAGAAAGAAUGAAGGCGAUACGUCCAACGUGGUUGACAGCUUCGAAUGCAAGAGCGCUGCGAGUGUUGCCGGCAUAUGGUCUUGGGGGUGUGCUGAACAAUGAUGUACGGAAGUGGUUGAUGGAAAGGGUAGAGUGA